AUGCAUGAAUUAAUGGAUCCUUCAAUCGUCCAGCACCAGAUGCAGCAGCAGGAAAUGUCGUCACACUCACUCGAGACCAUGCUGCAGGCCAACUGCUCCUCCGCCGCUGGAAAGCCAACCAACUCCGGCGGCGGAGCCGCGGCGGGCGAUCAGAGAAAGCCCCGGCCGCAGCCCGAACACGCGCUGAAGUGCCCGCGGUGCGACUCCACCAACACCAAGUUCUGCUACUACAACAACUACAGCCUCUCCCAGCCCCGCUACUUCUGCAAGUCCUGCCGCCGCUACUGGACCAAAGGCGGCACCCUCCGCAACGUCCCCGUCGGCGGCGGCUGCAGAAAGAACAAACGCUCCUCCUCCUCCAACUCCUCUUCCGCCACCUCCUCCGCCACCUCCACACCUUCCUCCUCAUCUUCCCUCCUCAUGACCCACUUGCUCCCGCCGUCCUCCAUCUCCUCCUCCGCCGCCUACGACUCCAACGACCUCGCCCUCGCCUUCGCCCGCCUCCAGAAGCACCACCACCAGUUAGGGUUUGACCACGACCAAAUGUUCAACGCCGGCAACAACUUCCUCCUCCACAACAGCUUCCUCGACAGCGGCAGCAAUCUGCAGGGGCUGUACUACGGCGGCGGAGGAGGAGGGUACGAUGGUAAUUCCACCUUCGAACAGCAGAACCACGAAAUGUCCGUGAUGUCGGACCAUUACACCAGCGGUGACCAACCGGACAACGAACCGGUUUCCGGGCCGGCCACGACCCAGGCGGUCACGGUGACGACGAUGAAGCAGGAGUACUUGCUGAAUCAUGGAAGACAGGAGGAGAGUGGCGGCGGCGGUGGUAACAAGGUGCUGUGGGGAUUCCCGUGGCAGAUGAACGGGGGAUGUGAUAACGGCGGGAAUGUGGUUGUGGAUAAUAAUAAUAAUACGAUGAGGAUGUCGGAGAGCGGCGGCGGAGGAGGGUGGUGGAGUAGUGGUAACGGUGGGAGUAAUGGUGGUGGCGGAGGAGUGAUUGGAGUCGGCGGCGGAGGAUCAUCGGGGGCGGCUAAUUGGCAUGGACUUCUCAACACUACUCCCUUAAUGUGA